AUGUGGGCGGGACAUCGGUGCCCAACAUUUUCUCUGCUCCAUGUCUUCUCCAAGUUACAGUGGAGUCAGAGGGAAGAAAUGGAGUCUCAGGAGCACUGGAUGAUCCACCUGCAGAGGGUCUACUAUCCUACUCUCGCAGCCAUCGGAAUCCCUUCAAACAUUAUGUCUUUCGUGAUUUUCUGGAGACGUAAAUGUAUGCUCUCCAAAUCGAGCACCUUCUACCUGAUAGCCAUCUCUAUAGCUGACACAGCUGUCCUGCUGUUCAUCGUAGUGUUGGAGCUCUCUAUUAAAUACCUCACAGUGGAGCCCUUUUGGUCUCAGGAACCAUGGUGCAGCCUAAGGGACAUCUUCACCUAUGGCGCCUCCAACACUUCUACGUGGCUGGUAGUGGCCUUUACUGCAGAGCGUUUCCUCUCUAUUACUACCUACAGUCUCAGGAAGCAGUUCGGCAUACCUCAUGGUACACUAUGGACCAUCUGUAUUAUCUUUGCCCUUGGUCACUUGUUGGCGUUGCCCUAUUACUGGGCCUAUAUAUCAACAUACAGGCAGGAUCUGCAGCGCUGGUUUUGUAUAUAUAAUCCCAAUGCCACCACUCACUACACACUUGCCAUGGUGAGCAUGCAGACUAUCGUCUCACACAUUUUGCCAUUUGUCAUUAUCGGGGUUUUAAACGGCCUGACGCUGCGCCAGAUCUCCCUCACUAACCGAGUGCACACAAUAUGCACAUCGGGCCAAAAAGUGACGCCACUGCUACGUUCACGGAAGAGGAAAUCCGUGGUGCUUUUGGUGACCGUCUCCAUGACUUUCGUGUUGCUGACCAUCACACGCUGUAUCACUCAGAUCAUCCUGCGCACCAAUGGCUGGACGUUGGAUCGCGAUGACUACAGCCUGAGUAUAAACGUUGCGGCAAAUCUUGGCACCAUGUUUAGCCUCAGCAACGCUGCCAUUAACAUGUACUUGUAUGCGUGCACACAGACCAAAUUCAGACAGGAAGUUAUAACCUGUGUCAAAUAUAUUCUGUGGAGAUUUCGCUUGAUCACAAAUGAUCCAUCAGGAAACAUAUGAGGCACUAUUUGGAAAGUUGAUGGCGUAGAAACACUUAUUUUAUUAUUGAAGUCCAACUCUCUGAUAAAAAAUACAAACAUACAGGCUCUAAGGGUUUACUUGGA